AUGCGGAUACUAUCGAAGAUAGCCAACUGGCGCCUGCCGCCUGGUUUCUUCCGUGAGGGAUUCUUUCUUGGUGUGACUCUGGUGGGUUGUGGUGUGAAGCUGGUCUUUUGGAUUGCGCGCGAAGCGUGCGGUUCCAAAAGGCCAGUCUUUGAUAUUCCGCGAAGCGGAAUAUCAAAGACUUGGGAUCUUGGCAUUUCUGUAAAAUCGUUAUAUCUGCCUGGUCCAGUAUCUCAGAGCGGGAGUUUCCAAGCAACCCGAAGCACACAGUGCUUCGCGGCCCUCAUUCCAAAGCAAGCAUCAUCACAGUCCUAUGCAACUACUUUAAGUUGCAAUGCUUUCACCAACAACCACUUUAGCCAUGGAACCAUUUGGAUUCUGGAGCAGAAUCUAUCUAAAAAUGAUGACCCUGAAGCGUUAACGAGUCGUCAUUUCAGGUGUGGCAAGGCUGUGGCCAAUGCUUCAACAGCAGAAUCAAGAGAAUUGGUUCUUUCGUUCUUCCCGAAAGUUGGCAAGUUUUACCAGUUUUGGAUACAUAUCGCACGGUCUCAAUUGCGUGUCCACAGCAUUGAAUUGCACCUCGUGGGUUUGGGAAUGGAGCCAAUGAAGCCAAUGAAGCCAAUGAAGCCAUCGGACCAUGCCAGACUUCAGUCUGAAGUUCGUCGCCUUCUGCCCCGGAGCACAGAUAUUUUCGCUAUUUCUGGCGUCGGCCAUUACUGCUCUGCCCAAGCGGCUCCAAAGAUUUGCGUAGCACUUCUGGAGCGUCCCUCCACAUCCUAA